AUGUGGGUAAGUUUACUAUUUUUGUGUGGCACAACGUUCGUAUCCACUGUUCGUUCUCAGCAAAAUACUGAUUUGAGCCGAAAUGUUGUUUUUGCCGUCAACUGCGGUUGGUUUUUUGGUUUUUAUUUCUUUUUUUAAUCAAAUGACGUAAAUAUGAUUUCGAGGUUUCAAUUUUUCACUUGAAGUUUUUGAAGUUUGAAUUUUAAAUACUUACAUCGAAAUAUUAAAAAGUUUCCUUAUCGAAAGACAACACGCAGGUGGACACGGACACAGAGGAGGAAACAAUAUUUACUAUGAAACGGACGAAAACGUUGUUGGAACGGCCUCAGAUUUCGGAACCCGUUUUGCAUUUAUCAACGCCAAUCCGCUAGAUGUGCAGUUGUACCAGGUAUAAACAUCAAUAUGGUAUGAGUUGAUUUUUUCGAAAGAGGGUUUUCAAUUAGUUUUAAGAGUUACUUUCAGAUGGUUUUUUAAGGCCAUCAUGUUUUUUACUUUAAAAGUUUAAAUUUAAUUUUUUUUUUUCAAUUAUCAAAGUAGAUUUUUUUGAAAAAAAGGAGAAAUAAUUUUGCAAAAAUUGAAGUUUAGUAUUUUAUUUUUGAAAGAAUGGAAUAGUUAUAUCACCCAUGUGAUUUUGACCAUAUCAUUGGCGAGUCUGAUCUCAAAACAAGUAAAUCAAGUUUUGCAGACGGAGCGCUACCACGACCAAGAUUUUUCGUAUAAUGUUGCUCUGGAGAAGGGUAAUUAUGUUGUUGUGCUCAAGUUUUCUGAGGUCUACUUCAAACGCCCCGAGCAAAAGGUUCGAAAGCCUUUUAAUUAUUUGAAAUUCUCCAUGUUUUGAGGUUUUCGACGUUCUCAUCAAUGGGAUUCUGGCUGUCAGGAAUCUCGACAUUUUCAAAGAGGCCCGAGGUACCGGGUUUGCUCACGAUUUGUACGUCUUCACACCUUUUUCUUGUUAUCUACUAUGUUUUCCUGCAGAUAUGUGGAAGUAGCUGUUGAUAAGAAAGACGUUCAAAUUAAUGGUGAAAUUGCUGAUUUCGAUGGUCAGCUGGAAAUAACCUUCUCCAAGGUUUGUUUUUUUUUUCGCAGGAAGGACUGAUGAAGAAUAAAACUUAAAAGGCUGAUAUUAUUUUCGAAGAGUUUAUUACUCCUUUUUUUAAAUUUUAUUUUUAAAACAAUUCUACUUCAAAAUGAAGUUAGACAUCUUCACAAAAAGUAUAUUCGAAAUAUUAAAAUCAAAAUAUUUCGAAUAAUAUUGAACGCUCUGUUAAAAAAGCUCAUUUUGAAUCGGUAAAACUAUUAAAGUAUUUUUAACCAAUAGAUUUAUUUCUUGCUUCAAAUCUAAAGUCUCGUUAAUCCGAAAGCUUUUUUCUGAUGGUUUCCGAAAAUUGUAUUUAAAGGGCCGUCACGAUAAUCCGAAAAUCAACGCGAUAGCCAUUCUACGAGGGAACUCCGCAAUGUUGCCACCGCCGCCAAAACCGGCUGCCAUCAUUGCGGACGACGAAGUUUGUGCCUGAACUUCAUUUUUCAAGGGAACGCUGAUCCUUGAAACUUUUAGGACGAUGAAGUGGAAUGGACACCCGCAGGUCAACACCACCAUGAAAUGGACGAUGAAGACGUCGAUCACUCGAUUGCCAGUGGUCCGCCGACGAAGAACCCAUUCGAAGAGGUCGGUCUCUUCACGGAAAAAAAUAUAUUAUUUCAGGAUGAUCUAUUUCUAUGAAAUAUCAAUACCUUGAUAUGAAAGGUGGUGCUAAAACGGCUGAACUUUUUUUCAUUAGACUCAAAAAGUAUUGACAGCUUCUUUAAUAAUCAACAGUAAAAUUUCAAGUGAAACUAGAGAGGUCCCAAAAUUCUUUCAGUAACCGCUAAGCAGCUUAAAAUAGUUCCAAAAGCGCAGGAAAUCUCUUCCGAAUCUUCCUUUCGAUUAACCUUUUUUGAAGUGAAAAAUUGAAUCAUUCUUUAUGAAACGGGAGUUGAUCGGGCGCAGAACUGUUGACGAAUAGUUCAAAACUGAAAUUUUUUUGGAAAUCUUUCUUCGUUUAAAUUCUAAUAAAUAUUUUAGGGCGAUGGGAUCUUCUGGGUAGCUGUCGUCACCGCGCUGGUAAUAAUCAUCCCUAUUUUUUACUUUGUUUUUGGUCGUAAGUAAGAAUCUCAUUUGGGAAAAUAUAUUGUUUUUUUUGUAUUUAUUCAAUUUAAUUCAGUUGCUUUCCUCGAAAAUCUCCGCUGUCUCAUUAUCUUGUGAAUGUCAUGUGUUUUUCAAUUUAUGUGCAUUUUCAUAUUAGGCAUAAUAACGCGUUUUUCUCUGUGUGAUGAUGGGUUCCUCGACUCGUGAUAUGUCAAGAAAUGUUUCUUGUUGUAAUUUAAUUUAUGGCUUUAUAAAUUUUUCAAUUUUUGAAAAAUUUCCCACUUUUCAGUUGAAAACCUAUUUCUACUUUUUAUAUAACUGCUCGAAUCAUAUAAAAGCGCGCGAACAAAAAGGCAGCUUCUGCAUACACGUCGCUUGCCCUUCUAUGGAAAUCGAUAACGACACCCUGAGGAGCUCGGCGAGCCGUGCUGCCGCUCUGAGAUGAGCUAUGAAGAGCAAGAUGACGUCGUUCCUGAUUCUGAAAGCGUUUCGAAUGACCGGUUCAGCGUGCAGCAGAAAGAACUCGACAGGUUUUCUUUUCCGUACAAAUUAUGAUAAAUUCAUCAAGACGUUUACGCAGUGUUCAAACUGAUUCCGAGGAUUUCAAAAUAUCUGUCAAAAAGUGUGAAGAAGACAACUAAAUUUUGGAGAGUUAGAAAUGAUUUUGAAUUUCGCGGAAAUAACUUUGAACACGGCAUUAAUUUUUGAUAAUUAGAACUUCUUCACUUCAUCCUUUAGUAGAGGUAUUUAUUUUUUCACAAAGUGAAUAUAUUAUAUACAAACCUCGUAUAAUUGAAACGACUGUUUGCUUGGGCAUAUUACAGUAUAACCCCCCACAUGUAUUGGGUAUCGCCCCCCGCGACCCGUUCGAACAAGCCCCCGCAAUUAUCCAAUGUAGCCCCCGCAACUAUCCAGUAUAACCCCCCACACCGAGAAUAGGUCACGCAACGAUCACGCAGGACACGUGUCAGAGCUUCCAUUUUUUAAUUUGUUUUCUAUUUUUUUCGUAUUAUUCGUCAUUCUUGGUUGUUUUAAAUGGUUUUUUUUGUAUUUUCGCAUGUAAAUUCGUGUUCUUUUUUUGUGAAUUUAAUAAUUUUUGUGAUUUGAUUUGUAGAUCAUGGAAGAAAUUAGGUCGCUGACCGAGUUUCAUGAGAAGUUCAAGGCAGACAAAGAAGUUUACGGGUACGUCUCGCCGAGAUACGUACGAAUAUCAUAAAAUUAUGGGGCGCUGACCACUUAGAAAAAAAUUAAGAUGAACUUUAUUAGUUUUUCAAUCAAGUAAUUGUUCUGAGGAAUAGAAUUCUUUGCUUUUUUUCUUUUUCAUGCACAUUAAUUAAUAAAUUACUUAGGAAGAUAGGCUUAGUUUUUAAGGCUUCACACGGAGGCGGAGCGCGCAUAGCGCGAAGCCGACUGUGGCUCGCUUCGAAAAAAACUGAGCCACAGUGAACAAUUCGUCAAAUAAAUAAAAAUACUUGACAUGGAGGGGGCAUUCUGAAAUGGAGGGGCCAUUCUGAAAUGGAGGGGUCAUUCUGAAAUGGAGCAGGGGCCAUUCUGAAAUGAGAGGGGGUCAUUCUGAAAUGGGAGGGGGCUUGUUCGAAUGAGCUCUGGGGAACUAUUUCAAAGUCGUGCGGGGGGCAAAUAUGAAAGAUUGCCUAGGCAUUUCAGAAUCGCCCCCCGUUUUGUACUGCGGGGGGCCAUUCUAGAAUACAUACUCACCCCCCGCGUUUGAUUUUACCCCCCACAUGAAGUCCUCCGAUUUUACCCCCCGCAGAUCGGAAUUUGGCUUGGUGGGGGGCUUGUUGGAACGCGGGGGGCAAAAACAGUGUGGGGGGCGAUUCUGGAAUUUUCCCGUUUGCUUUGAAUAUAUGAGCUUUCCCAAAAUUUUAAAAAAUUAAACAAAACUUUGAAAAUUCUAUUUUUUUUUCCGCCCUUCAAACUAACAUGCAUUUGCUCGAAUAGAAAUAUUCGACGUGGUAUUUGAAAAUUUUUCAUUUUAACUGAUUUUUAUACGUUACGGCUGCAUUGAACUGAUAUUUCAAGGAUAAUCGUGGCAGAAAUUUUGAAUUUCGCUUUCAGACUUGAAGAGCAGAACGCAGAGUAUCGCGAGAAGCUGCUGAAAACCAUUCGAGAACGUGAUUUGAACGAAUCUCUGCUAAAGUUUCUUUUCUCGGAGUCCAGAUACUGAUUUUUGUUUUCAGGAACAUUCAAAAUGAUCACAAAAAGGCCGAGGAGGAAUUGCAGAGGAAACUUCGGGAUCUUCAAAUCAAGCUAAAAGCUGUCGAGGUUUUAUAGUUCAUUUUGGGAUUUCAAAAUUAUAAUGCAAAGUGAUACAUGUUUGGAUAUGCUGAAUUUUUUCAGGACAAAUCGUCGGCACAGGAAGCUCACUACAACUUGACCAUCAAAGAUUUGAGUCUAAAGUACAAUCAAUCUGUUGGACAGGUGCGAUAAUUUUUUUUUUCGGCUUUUUAAAUGGAAGAACAUUGAUUUCAGCUGACGCGAAAAGCGGACCAAGCGGAAAAAGACAAAAACGAGGCGGUGGUGAAGUAUGCGAUGCGAGAAGCCGAACUGUUACGGGUCCGUGGCGACGUCGACAAACUCCAGAAGUUACUGGACGAAAGUCGCGCCGCCGCCGAAGCCUCCCAACGCUCGCAAGCCCAGGAAAACGUCGACCAACUUGUAGGUGGCAUUAUCACACCAGUUCAGACCUACAGGAAGUGUUUGCACUUUUUGCCCAUACUAGAUUUUUUCGAUCACUUUUUUCCUUUUUUAUAAAAUGAAAACUGCUAUUUUCGACAUUAAUCCAUGAAAACAUUACAGAAAAUUCCAAAUUUUUUUUAGUGGUCAGAAAAAAAGACCAGCGAAAAUUCAAACGGCGACUUUUCCGAUUUUUUUCAUUUCGCUAGGGAAUUUUCCGACGGCCACCUUUCCGACGAAUCUUUUUCCGACAUUUUUUUCUCGAUAAAAUCUUCGUUUUAAAUCUUCCUAUAUAAAGUAGGUAGUUGGUUCAUGAAUAAAAACACAAAUAAAUAUGAAAAAAAGUUUAUAGAUGUUUUAUAAACCGAAAAAAACAUAAAGGGGAAAAAAAGUCGGAAAAAGAUUCGGCGGAAAAAGUGGCCGUCGGAAAGUUCCCUAGCGAUAUGAAAAAAAUCGGAAAAGUCGUCGUUCGAAAAUUUGCUGGUCUUUUUUUUUCAUACCACCUUUUUUUUACUUACUAAAGACGAAUUUCUAAAAUUGGGCCAUUUUCUAAAACUUGCUGGCGUCUGAAAAAACUUGAUAGAACUAAAUUUGUAUCAUUGAAUAUUUUUUUGUACCCCGAAAAGUGUCGUUCUUCAGGAGCAGACCAUCCAAAACCUGAAAGUACACGUCGAAACUGUGAAACACGAACGAUUCGACCUGGAGAAUCGGCUGAAGAUUGCGGAAAGUCGUUUGGAAGCCGCGCAAUUGACGAUAACUGAAACGAAACAACAGUCUGACGUACUUCGCAAGCAGCUUCUUCAGGCGAAAGACAGUCGACAGAACGCUUUGGUUUAUUUUUCGUCCCAGUUUUUCACAAGGAUGAUCAAAGACAUGGGGCGAAGUCUGAAAAGCUUUGGAAACUUUUUGACUUGAAAAACGAAAUUUUUAAAAGAGUUGUCCGAUAGGUGCAAAAUUACUCAUUUUUGAGUAAAUGAUCCUUUUUAUCGGCUACUUGUUCAUGAAAAAGUUUUUUGGUUUUCUUCUCAAAAAAAAAAACUGAAAUCGCUAAGUAGGGCUUCAAACCUUUUUCUGAAACUCCUUUCUUAGCGCGUAAAAUCGAGGUAAAUGUUUGAACCUCUAAUUUCACUAGGAGAUUUUACGUAUUAAUAAAAUCAAUAACUAACAUUAGAACAAUCUUUCCAUUCAACAUAAUGGUUUUAAACAGGUCUUUUCUAUCUCUUCCCUAUUCAAGCUUUUUUCAAGGCCAUCGAAUCGUCGGAAGCAGUCGAGAAGCUCAAAAAACGCGAGUCAGAGCUGGAAACGAAGCUCCGUAGCGUAGAGGAAGAUUGCCAGCGUCAGAAAAGCGCCCGACUUGAAAUGGCGAACAAAUUUGAAGAAUCGAGCCGGUAGUCUUUCUGUAUCCCCAUAUUAAAAAAAAAAUCAAACUUCGUCCUUCAGAGAAACAAUGGACCUGUUGGAGAAAUGCGAGCUAUUGCAUGACCAACUGAGCUUGGAAAAGGAACGAAGGGAGCUGUGCGAAAAUCAAAUCGAAAACUUGAAGAACAUUGAGGCCACCGUGUUCAGGUUUGAGAGACGUUUGGAAAAAAAAAAGUCAUAUUUUUACAGCCACGAAGAACGUACUGAAGAAGCUUUGAGAAGCGUGGAAACGGCUGAAAUGGAAACGAGAGUAGGUUUUAUUUAUUUGGGGUAAAGCGGUCGAUAUUUAAUAAGUUAAGGGGCAAUGAAAGGAAAUUGCAAAAGUUUGCCUUUCUACAAAAUUCCGUCGAUAAAUUCUUCAAGAAACACAGAAAAACAGACCUAUUUUUAUGUCUUGUCCCGAAAGGCCAAUUUUGCGAGGUUUGCGUAAUCAUUUUCAACAAAUAUACGACAAUUAAGAUAUCUCAGUCCUCCUGACCCAUUGAAAAAUUGAGAAAAUAGGUGUUUUGGUUCUUGUGUGCUCCAUAGACAAUAAAAUACAACUUGGUCCUUGGUAAAGGAAACGGGACGCGUUACGGAUGUUUCUGAGCGCACAUAGGAAUCUCUUAAGAGUUCUGACGCUACUAAAGUGGUCACUAGAAAUGUAGCAUUGGCGGCAUUUCUUGCACUUAUUUGUUUACAGCGGUUUAGAGGUCAAAGAAAAGGUCAAAAGCUACGGUCUUCAGAUUAUAAAAUUCGGGAAAUUUGCGAGAGACUGUGAAAAAGUUAACGAAUAAUUGAAAAGAAAAAGGUCAUUUUCUCGGUCAUUUUCUUGCCUUAAACGAAGCAGUAGGGUAUACAAAAUAGAUGCCAUCUAUCGAAAAAAAAAAACACGGUUUUUUUUUCUCAAAAGUGAAAAGAUUCUGCAGACGGCUGAGAAGGAAGCGGCCGAAUGCAGAGAACAAACGGAACGACUUCUCUGUAUCACCCACCAGUUGACCGAAAGAAACGGAGAACUUUCUGCUUUGCUGCUUUCCGCCCAAGAAGAAGUUCCUUGAAAGCCAAUUUCUUUGAAUCAUGAGAAUUUUCAGAACGGAAGGUUGAAACUAGCGCUCGAAGAAGUUCAAACGGUGACAUCGAACGAAGAAGCAGAGAAAGUCCGAACCAACAAGGAGGUUGAAGAGAUCUCGAAUGAGCCCAUUGCUGCUGAAACCGCUGAAGAGCCGCUCCCGAGUACAUCUUCGACUUCUGUUGAGAACGAAAAAGCUAUCAACAGCCUUCGUCUUGAGCUCGACGCUUGUGAGAAGAAAUGUACGUUUUUUUUCCGAUUCAAAUGAAAAAGAGCCGAAUAAGUAUAUAAUUUUCAUAAGGAGCCAUCAAUUUUUGUUAUUCUUUAGAGAGUGAUUGGAAAAAUUGAUUAGAAUCGGCAAAGUCAUAAAGUAUCAAAGAAAACCUCGUCUUUCGCGACUAUAUUUUUAAGAUUCUAAGGGUGUAACUGCAAAAAUCUAGCUAAGAACUAUUUGAAAACAAGUCACUUGUUAGAGUCUUUUUUUUUUCUAAUUCGAGCCUUUUUUCUUCUAAGGAACGCAACAGUGCAUUUUUCUCUCGAUGACUCAAUUCGCUAUUUUUGUCUAAUCAGUAGAUACACCUUCCUCUCUUUUUCAGUACAAAACGCGCUGGAAAAUCUCGAUGAAGAGCGGAACAGCCUGGCAGCGUACAAGAAAAAAACGAACGCGACCGUGAAAGAGCUUCGCCAGGAGCUGGCUGCGCUGCGGAAGACGUCGGCGCCCGCAGAAGUGCCCCAGACGCCAUCGGAAGCCGUUUCCACGUCAAUAUCGACAAGGUCCCGCGCUAGCUCCAUCGUCAGCCUCGAUCGUGCCACUGUUCGUCUUGCCAUUUCACAAGGAAUUUCAGAUUUGAUAAAUGGGUUGUUUCAAAGAUAGGCAUAGUCAAUUUUUCUGGACCUUAAAGCCCAGGUCGGAAUAGCCUAUUCCGCGCUAGCUUGUCAUUUUUUUUCCCUCCAUUUUCUAAAUGCGCUUAGUGGAAGACACAUGCAUAGAAACAGGCCGAGUGUAUCGAAGAGAAGGCUUCUGUAGUUCGGUAGAAUGAAAAAUCGUUGAAAGUCGAUCACUUAUCAUACGUAACGGUUAUUGUCUAGUUUAGUGAUUUCCGCGCAAGACGGUCACGUUUCAAAAUAGCAGCAAAGAAAAAGCUACCGUAUAUACUAAGUUUUUAUCUUCAAAAAACAAAGGUCUUGAAGCGAAGAUGUUCAAUUUUGAUCCAAUUUUGGGCCUAAAUUCAAAUAUAUGUAUUUUUCCACUAAUCUAGCUACGCAAACGCCGUUUGACCUUUUAUGGAAAUUUUCUAAAAUGAAUGUUUUGUAGGAAGGUUCCCGCGAAGACGAUUCACAGGCUAACGCAGUUCGGGCUCAGGCGAUGGAGCAGCAAGCCGUUCAGCAAACCAUGAUUGACAAGGUGAAGCUUGGUUGAUUCACGGCUGGCUCGAGCUAUCGAAAAAAGGAUCCUAACACGAUAAGAAAAGGAGUGGCGGAGAGCGCAGACAGGCCAUUUCUUUUCGUGUCUCGAGCUAGCUGUGAACCGUUUUGAACGAUUAAUUAACUACUUUUUGCAUUGAAACAAUAAACUACAGAUCAUCGUCCUCCAGCGUAAACUUGCUCGUCGAAACGAAAAAGUCGAAUUUCUGGAAGAGCAUAUAAGGCAAUGUUUAGAAGAACUUCAACGAAAAACCAGGUUUGUCCUUGAAACGGGAAAUAUAUUGGAAAAAUUCAUUCCAUAGACUCAUUCAACAGUUCGCGCUACGAGAGGAAGCAUCUCUUCUUCUACCAACGGAUAAUACGAUGGAAAAGGUUUGAAAAAACAGUUGAAGAAAAUAAAAUCACUUUUCUAUUUUCAGCUCUUCGCGUCCUGUGAGUUCGUGCAGGUAAUUUCAAGUUCCAAAUUUCGGUGAGAAAUUAAGGCAACGAAGUUUCCGUUAGAAUUUUCCCAUUAACGGAUGGCAAAAAAACGAUCAAAAAGAAGAAAGAAAUAUUAUCUGUUUGAUGGAGAACGCCCACCUAGAAACUCCAGAGUGGUUCCUAUAGAUUUUCAGUUAGUCGCCCCUUAAGGGGACAUGCUAGUCAAGUAUUGUUGUAGACUCACUGAGAAGAUGUGGAUCUAUAGGAACGACUUGACCUUUAGAAGCUAAUGGCACGGACCCUAGCCCCUUCCCCUAUAGGGACCACUUUUUCUUCACACAGGAAAAUGUGAAAACUAGGGAAAAUCCACAGGAGUGAAAUUUCAAAUAGUUUCAUCAGUAUAUUAACGCCAUCAUUCGAUCGGCUAAUAUUAUGUUGAAAAAUAAUUUAACGUCUUUUUGUGCUAUCAAAACUUUUCACAAAGUAUAAAUUUGAUCUUGAGGUGCCAAUAAUUCGCAGAGGAAGCGUCCAUGCUCUCAUGGGCUCCAGUUUUAUCGCUGCGGGCGAGAAAAAGGGAACUCAAAUAGCAUGUGAACUCAACUCGCGACUACAGGCGGUUCUUGAAGACGUCCUUCAGAAAAAUAUCGUCCUCAAGGUGAACAAAAAUGCCUGUUUCCCAAUGGAGAAAGGCCGUGCUGAACUUGAAAAAAAGACACUUGAAACCCGCUCUGAGAUCAUUGGGUUCGGCUUUUUCAAGUGUAAUCAGUUUCUAUGAAAUAGAAAACGUCUUGAAAAGGAGAUAUUGCUAUGUAAAAGAGAUGAAACUUCAAAAGACCCGAAAGUUAUUCAAUUUUGCUUGCUGUUCAAAAGAAUCUUUGCGAAGCGAAUACUGGAAAAUCCGAAUUGAUUGAUAAUGUUACUUACUUACUUAGAUACUUAGAUGCUUAGAUGGUCCAUCUUCGCUUUCGACCUUUUAUUGCCUUUUAGUGCCUUUUAUUGAUCGAAGCGUGGACCACACGUUUUCCAGGAGGUCUUAUGCAAUCGGUCAUCCAGUGUUGUCGUCCUGGUUGACUGGUAUUCUUGCGAAAAAGUUCCAUCCGUGGUGUUGAACGUGUUAUAGCAUAAUUGUGGUCUUAUUAUCCUUUUUGCCUUGCCAGGGCUAAAAAAGACCGCCCAUUCUGUUAGCAGAAGCAAGUUGAACUGCGUGACCGGUGUACCGUUAGCCGCCAUAAAUGGCGUUGCCUCCCCAUCACCGCGUAGAGGUGGUACUUGAAGGGGGAUUGAUAAUGUUACUUCACUUUAAAAGAAGCACCUUUAUUAAAGGAACGUUUUCCGAAUUCGAGCUGAACAAGAUUCCGACUUUUUGCGUUAAAAGAACGAAAUCUAAACGAAGCACUACUUGUUUCAAAAUUGUUACUUUCUUUCGAAUUUUCAUUCUGAAAAGGUUUCAGAGUACCGCAGACACUUUAUCGACGGAAAAUACGCGGUUGGCCCGGGAAAACCGUUUGCUUUCGCUGUCUCUAGCUCGUGAUCGACCUUCUUGA